AUGACUAUGUGCGCGCCUUUCGCUGUCACCUGGGUAAAAUACUUCGGCACAUCACGGGUCGUUUGGGCCGGUGCAAUACUCUUUGGCUUGGCCAAUGUCCUAGCUAGCUUCGGCACGACACUCUGGCACUUCCAGCUCUCUCAGGGCUUGUUGCUGGGUAUAGGGACGAGCCUUACCUUUGUGCCGUCCAUGGCGGUGACACCUACAUGGUUCAGGGGACGCAGAGGACUCGCUAUGGGGUUUGUAUCUGCUGGUACGGGUAUCGGCGGGCUUGUGUGGGCACCUGUCAUCACAGCUUGCGUUGCCAACAUAGGAUUCCGUGAUACUCUCUGCAUGACGGGCGCCGUAACGGCUGCCCUGCUUGGUGGAGCCGGCUUCGCGCUGGACUGGGAGCCAUAA